ACUGUCAGUGUCAGUUACUGUGAAGUGUCAAUUCAAUUCAAGUUGUUGGGUUGUUGGGUAAUCGCAUGAAAAAUUGAUUGAAAAUCAAAAAUUCAAGCAAGAGGCACAGCUAUGUUACAAGCAAUUGGCGUUACAGCUCGACUGUCUAGGACAGGCCUGUCGAGAUCACUUCCUGCUUUCUCAACAUCUUCAAGAUUGUCAGCUCAAGAUCCUGCAAGCCGUAAAGAGGCUCCAAUGAUUGACAAUGAAACUGUUCUAGCUACACCUGAAGAAGUUAAGGAAAAAAUGAGCCAAGUUGUAGCUAUAACUGUUCCUACUAAGGUUGACCUGUCACCAAUAACUGGAGUGCCCGAAGAACAUGUGAAGUAUCGCAGAGUUCGCAUCUACCAACCACCAAAAAACUCAAUGCAAAGUGGCACCAACAAUAUUCACCAUUGGGAAAUGGAAUUUGACACACGUCAACGUUGGGAAAACCCACUAAUGGGUUGGACUUCUACUGGUGACCCAUUGUCUAACUUGAAAGUACAGUUUACAUCCCCUGAAGAAGCCAUAGAGCAUUGCGAAAAGAACGGUUGGAUCUGGUUCUUAGAUGUUCCGAAAAUUGAAAAGGAUUUGAAACCAAAGAGUUACGGAGUGAACUUUGCGUGGAACCGUCGUACCAGAGUGUCCACCAAAUGAAUCGGUAUGAUGUUAGCCUUUUUUCAUGUAGAAAUUAUUAAUGUGAAUUUAUCUAAAUAAUUUUUUAAGAUCCAAUAGCUUAAAUUGAUUGUUGUUAAUAUUUAUGUAUAUUAUUUUUGAUGACAGUAAACAGCAUUAAAAAUA